AUGUAUUCCUCCCAAGGUGAUAAGAAGGAUUCCGACGUCGAGAUGGGCGAGGCCACUUCUCCGGCUCCGGUUCUAACUUCUCCGGCGGAAGCACCGGCUUGUGUUGCCUGUCAUCUUUCUUUCCGAGAGGAACUAGUUCGUCGUCAAGCCGAGAAAAAACUAGCUCAAGCUGGCUCUGAGUUUCCGUCUUCUUCCGCGCAGGUCGUUGCCUCGUGUCAUGGGACCGAAGUCAUGGCUCUUCUCCCGCAAGCCCUAUCUGCAGGAUCUUCCACGACUCCGAUCCUUCUCGAGGACAAGGAGAAGGCCGCUGACUCUAUGACUCCUCCUCCAGCCAGAAAAGACGUCGUUCUGGCAUUGCGUGCUCCUAGCGCUGUCCUGGCUACUCAGCCUAAGAGUCGGAAGAGGAAACUUGCCAAGAAUGGUAACGGGGAGAAUUCGCAGCGAGGUGGAUCGAGCCUAGCAUCGGGCCUUCGCGGAAAGGAUUAUCUCUUUCUUGAGAAUUUUCAGCGUUCGCAGUUCAUAUCGUUGAUCGAUAGGAUGAUCGGCGAAUGUGGUUCUGAGAUCAGUCGCCUUUCCGGGGAGUUGGUGGAGCUUCAGGGCAGAUGGUCCGAAACCGAGGCCAUGUUGACGGCUGUCAAGGACUCUCACUCUGCGAAAGUGUCGAAGCUCGAGGUUGCGAUAGGAGAGCUUGAGAGGGACCUUGGGAAGAGGGCGACUUCCUUACUUAAGGAAAAGAAGGCCAGGAAGGCCAAAUCCUUGGAGAUUCACCUUACAUGUCUGAAAGAUAAAUCUUUGUGCCUUCGAGUGCUAACUGUGCUUGCUGAUGAAUCAAAACUGACGACCUACUCUCCUGAUAUGUUGAAAUGGGCGCAUAAAUUUUCUGUCUCAGCAGUGUCGAUCAACACCAUGCUUGUGGUGGCAAUUGACACUCGAGACAGAGAGAUUAUACUGACUGGAAAAGUCAAACCAGAUCAACACGCCUGCAGUGAUCUUAAGGAGGACCAUGGCCACCAUGAACAUGAAUCUUACUAUGGAGAUAGAGACACAGAGAGCAUACUCAAGAUGGUGGAAGAUCUGCUCAAAUCUAUCAAAAAGGAGGACCACAAGUUAGCUUUAGAUGGUAAAACUGAUAAUGUGGCUUCAAGUAUUAAAAAGGCACCAGUUAGUGGUGGUUGUAGAAUCGUAGGCUAUGUGCGUGCCAAGAAGGUCCCUGGAGAAAUCAUUAUCUCAGCUCAUUCAGGAGCUCAUUCGUUCGAUGCUUCUCAAAUGAACAUGUCUCAUUAUGUUUCCCAUCUCUCCUUUGGUAAAAUGAUUUCAGAAAGGUUGUUGACUGAUAUGAAACGCUUAAUGCCUUAUCUUGGCCUAAGCCAUGACAGGCUUAAUAACAAAUGGUUAGUAAAUGAAGGACAGUUUGCUGCUAAUGUUACCAUCGAACAUUAUCUUCAAAUAGUCAAAACAGAGGUCGUUUCAAGAAGAUUCGGUCAAGAACACUCAGUGAUUGAGGAGUAUGAGUAUACGGCUCAUAGCAGCGUGGCUCAUGGUUACUAUUACCCUGUUGCCAAGUUUCGCUUUGAUCUCUCUCCUAUGCAGGUCUUAAUAAGUGAGAACCCAAAGUCAUUCUCACACUUCAUCACAAAUGUUUGCGCCAUCAUAGGUGGUGUUUUCACGGUUGCGGGGAUACUAGAUUCGAUAUUUCAAAACACAUUCAGACAGGUGAAGAAGAUCGAGCUUGGAAAAAACAUUUGAUCAAGAGUGAGUGAGUGGUUUAGAUGUUACUUCUUUUCAGUUUCUUGUAAGAUCUUAAAAUCAUUAAAAAAUCUCAGUUCUUACAUACCUUCUAGACUAUGUUUGUUUUGGAAUAUCAGUUUCAGAGGAUAAGGAAACAAUGUUGGCUGUA